UAAUUGGUCGUAAUAUAUGUUAAAUCAUUGGUUGUAUUGAAUGUAAAAUAAUACAAAAUAUUAUCAAAAUCACCGAAAAAGUGGUCACAAAUUGAUGAUAUAAAGCAAUGUCGACAACUGUGGACCCGAGCGCCACGUAUGGCAAUAGUGGCCAAUCAUUGGACGCGUCAUCACCAAUAACCACAUCAUCAGCCGAUACGUUGUCAGCGGACAAGCAAUCAGUACCACUAAUGAUGGAACCGAUGGGCGAAUUGGACGGCGCUAUCAAUAGUCUGGCCGUUAGUGCCAAAUAUAAUUUGACACAAAUGUCUCCGAAACAACUGUUGUUCAGCCGAUGGGCAGUCAUGAAGAGUUGGGGGUCUUUCGUAGACACGAACCGAAUGCAAUUUCCGACGGCUAUUAGUCAGUGGUCACGGCGUUUGGUGCGGAAUCUGCAACACUUCCAAAGCAAUUAUAUGUGUGUAUUCAUCAUAUUAUUUAUAUAUUGUAUCCUAACGUCACCACUACUACUACUGGCCCUCUCGGCCUCCUUCGGUGCCGCGUAUAUACUGACCCUUAAGAAUGCCGAACGACCGCUCAAGUUCUUUGGCCGUCGUCUAACAUUAGGCCAGCAGUACCUGUGUGUGGCCGUCGUCUCAUUGCCGCUCUUUUACAUAGUAGGCGCCGGUUCGGCCGUCUUCUGGGUUAUCGGUGCCUCACUCUUUGUCAUUGGACUUCACGCCAGUAUUUACGCCAUCGAAUCGGUGGACACCGACUCACUCGAUGGACAACCUUUUAAUUAUGGCAUACAAAGUGUUUGAUUCAAAACACUUGAUUACAUAAUAUUAUUAUAAACGUUAAAAAUUGAACUGAAUUUCCAAUAAUAA